UGAAAUCAAUUUGCGUAAAUGGAUAUCCACGUGGAUACGCAGAGAGACGGAGCCACGGCGACGGACGGCGGACGUCCGCGUCUUCGUCCACAUCCGCGGUUCCUUUCUUCUUUUUCGUCCAGAUUUUCGCUCGUGUAGAGCGGCGAAUUUCCGGGUUUCGGGCGAGUCGGAACAAAGCGGAAACGGUGCCGGCGAAAAAUCCAUACGGGCCCAGAUCGAUCGGCGGUAUAAUUAAGCGGGACGGACGCGGGGAAAUUCGGAGCGGGUGCCAGCGGGAAAUCCCGGCCGCCGGUUGACCAGCCUGGCCGACGACUCGACUGCAGUAUUGAAUGACUACGGAUCGUGUUGAAUGUGAAUUCAACCCCAUUGCAGUAGUUGACAUCGUCCUUUUUGACAGUCGCCUCUUCAGCUCUUUACCUUUCGUCAUGCCAGCCCUCCAAGGAUCAACGUUCCGAUAGCCGCCCUCCUCCCACACGUUAUGAAUCUCUUCUCACGCGAGGUUAAUUUUUAAUAGACGGAAACAUGUUAGAGUGGGCAGUUCAAGGGGUGAACAUCUCUGUGCCGAGGAACGGUGGUUUGGAAUGUGCCAAUUUCCUGUCAAUGAAGACAAGGACAUUGGAAACCAUCUUCGUUCUGUGUCUGUGCGGGCCAACGUUCAUGUGGGGCAUGCGACGCCUCACACCUCUUAAUAUUGACUGCCAGGAAAAGAGAGAGCCGACUGGCAAAAGGGUCCUGCUUGUAAUGAUGUGCCUCAUUUGGGGAAUUGAAAUUGGAUACAAAUUCUCAUCCAGGACUGUGAUAUUCCUUCUCAACCCUUGUCAUAUAACUACCGCCUUACAGAUAUAUUUGUUGGUGGCUCGACCUAGUAAAAGAGUUGGGGCUCUUUUCCGAUUCCAGAUGAAUUGUAUGAACGGCGCUGUGUUAGCAUUAGCAUUUCCCGAAUUAGAUGCAUUAAAUCUGCCAUUUGAAACCUGGUUGUAUUGGAUACAACACUCUAUGAUGAUGGUAAUACCCUUAUAUCUCAUACAACUUGGAGGUGUCUAUGAAGUUGAAAAGUUGAAUGAUUUUUCAUGGAGUCUGGUUUCAUAUUGCAUUCUUGUUUUCUACCAUUUUAUCAUCCUACAAGGAAUUGGUCUUCCAACUCAGGUGAAUCUGAAUCAUAUGCUAUGCCCGGCUAUCCGUGAUCCUUUUGAUGGCCCCUGGUACAGGCCGAUAGCGACGACACAUCAGGCAUUCCUUUGCCCAAUGCUAAGCAAGUUUUUCGCAUUCGUUGGGCAUAAACUGUCAACACCGCCAAGAAAGAAAUAUCACUGAUAAAUUUAGUUAUCGAAUCGGUUGUUUGUUUACAAGUUUGGGUUCGAAACCCCCUUUCUCUAUCUUGCUCAUUUCAGCUUAAGCUUAUUUUGGACAUGAUGUUUUGGGUAAUUUUGAAAUGUACUAAGUGCUCAUAUUUAUUUAUUUGGUUGUAAAUUUGAACAUAUCAGAUCUUAAUGUGAUUUAUUUCAAAGAUUUAGGGUUUCAUGUGUAAUAGAUCUGGUGUUUCGUGUAGUCGGAAGUUUUAAAUCAUUAACUUCUGUGACAGAUGCUAAUUUAAACAUUUCAGUUUUUUCUAAUCUAGCCUUGCUUUUGCAUAAGUUCUGAAUAGACCAGUUGGCUUGAUUAAAUCUGAGUUCCUACUUGCUGACCAAAAAGCUAUAACAAAGUAAAAGCAGUUUUAAAACCCUUUUUCUACUUGGAGAAAGAAGUUCGAAUAACAUUUAAUUGAAAUUUUUAAAUUUUGAGACCAAUGGCAUUUAGCUUCAACACUUUCUAGCUUGAAAACAUUUACAUCUUACUGGAAAUACUCGAAGCUUAAACUACAUUUAUUAACAAAAGUCGGUAGGUUCAAAUUUUCGUUUAAAUUAAAAUGUGACAAUAAAGUUAUCAUUUCAAUAAAUAUUUUAUGUAGAAUUUCUACAUCAAACAAAUUUAUUAUCUAUUUUUUUAAUAUCAUUAGGUUAAAGAGAGAAUAAGGGAAGUAAAUCAUAAAAAGGAAAAUUGUAAGUUACUUUUCCUUCUAUCAUAAUAUAACAAUGUCUUUUAUUUAAAAAAAUAAAUAAAAAGGCAUUAAUUAUGUUAUUGGUAUAUUUUUUCUCCAUUUUUACAGAGUACAAUAAACCUUCUUUACUUAUGAAAUCUAUGGAAAAAGUAAAUUUAAAAUUUGAAACACUUGUAGAAAUCACUUUAAAUUGUUUACAAUAAUAAUUAGCCUGUGCAGUAAUAUUGUGAAUUAGAUUGUUUUUUAAAGUCACAGCCAAGUCUUGUAUGUUAUCAAAAACUUCACAGGCCAAAAGUGCCAAGAUAAAAGUUAUGCAAGUAACUUAGUAACGUAGGUUAGUCAUUAUUGUGAGCCAUUAGGAAGAUUUAUAAAGUUUUCUGCUACGGCAAAGUAAAAGUAUUAAAAAUUUAAAAGUUGGAUUUUCAGUGAGUUAUCUGCUGUGCAAUUUUUUUUAUAAACAAAUUAUUUUCUCCUUUUGAAGGAAGUAAAAUGCCUGUUUUUUCUUUUUUAAAUCUACUAAAGACAAUUUAGCCCGAAAAGUACAAAAUGUUAUUUUUUAUAUUCAGUAGUAGUAUUUUUUUAUUAUUCAGAUCACAAAUUUCUUGGGCGAAAUUGAAAAUCCAACUUCAAAAAUUUUUGUGCACACUUUUACAAAACUGUGAUUAUUGCUGUGGUUCUUAAGAUUAAUAUUGUUUGAUGACUUUUCAGUAUCUAUUUUUUUUUAAAUUUCAUCAAUUGUAAUGGUAUUGAUAA